AUGUCAGCCAUCAUGGACAUUUUCUACCCGCGGCUCACAGGCACCCAACGAGAGACAAAUAGAAUUGCAGUGUACCUUAAGGAGAAGAAAUGA